AGUGCUGGGAUUACAGGCACACUGUCCAUAACCAGCUCUCUAUGAUGGUUCUUUAUCUAGAUGGUUCUCUGACCCCACAUUUGGCCAUGUCUGGUGGGGGGCAUUUUGGGCCUCAAAAUGGAGUAGGCAUCUGGUAAACAAACAGAGAUGCAGUAAAACACUCCUUAAGACACAGGUAUACAGAUAGUACCAAAUUACUUUAUUUUGUUUUGGUGUUUGAAACAGGGUCUUAUGUAGCUCAGACUGACCUUGAACUUCUUUUCUUCCUGCCUCUAGUCAGAGUUUCAGAUGCAGGUUAACACACAAGGUUUUUGCAUCCAGUUACUCUACUGCAUAUUAAAAUCAUUUUCAAAAGGCUUGUCUACAAUUUCAUCCAAUACUUCUGUGAAACUUAACGUGCAGAAAUAAUUGAUAAAGCUUUAUCAAUUGAUGCAUCUAUAUAAAAUGCCUCCCUCUUAAAGCAACAACAACAGAGCUGGUGAAACGGCUCAGAAGGUAAAGAUGCUUGCCACCAAGACUGAAUGACACAUACAUGCACACACAGUAAGUGAAUGUCAAAUAAAACACCCGCCAACAAAAAAGGCCACCAAUUUUAUCAAGUGAACUUUUACAGGCAUCCAAAUUAGUCCUGUGGUGAAUGCCUUUAAUUCCAGCCAGGGCUACACAGGGAGACCCCGCUACAAAUUAUUUGUUUGCUUUGAAAUAUGAAAGAUUUUUUGUAAAGACUCAAAUACAAAGUAAUACUUUUUCUAUGAGCACUAACUUGGGGAAGGGCUUAUAUUUAAGUCUAGAUGGCACAUUCCACUGGGUAGUCCAUGUAAAAACUUGAAAAGGGGGGAAAAGAUCGGAACAAACAGUUGAGUACUAUUUCUGUCAACUCUUCCUUGUGUCUAGAUUACCAGGAACAAAGCAAAGAAAAUAUUUUCAACACUAUUUUUAUCCUAAUACAUGGAAUGAGUAAUUUUUUAAAAAGUAUCUUGCCAGGUGUGGUGGCGCACGCCUUUAAUCCCAGGACUUGGGAGGCAGAGCCAGGCAGAUCUGUGAGUUGGAGAUCAGUCUGGUCUACAGAGUGAGUUCUAGGAUAGGCUCCAAAGCCACACAGAGAAACCCUGUCUCGAAAAACCAUUAAAAAAAAAAAGUAUCUUACUAUCUUCCUUUCAUUCCAGCUCUUUUUCAUUUUUCAACAGCAUUCCUCCUGGUCAUAGCUUACUUCUCCCACCGUUUGAGAUUCCCCCUUUUAAUUGCUCCUUUUGCUGUUAUUUUGGGUUUUUUUGUUUUUUGAGACAGGGUCAGGUAGCUCAUGCUGGCCUUGAACUUGCUCCGUAGCUGAGGAUGACCUUGAACUCCUGAUCCUCUUGUCUCCUAUAAAUUAUAACCCAAAUUCUCACCCCCUCACACCCUAAAACUUCUUACCAUUAUCCUUAAAUCUAAUGGACAAAGUUAUUAUGGAGGCAAGGGAGGCAAAUUUCACUUUUUAGUCUUAGAUAUAGUAAGAGUAUUAUUGCUAACAAUACUUUAAAAACAAAGAAGAAACCUGCUGGAUUCUAUCUCCCACAAAUAUAUUCUACUCUCUCAUGCUUUUAUAUAAGUCAAAAUUAUUAAGUAGUGGUUUACAUGCUAUCACUGCAACUAUCAUAUCACUUUCUUUAGAAGGCUUUUGGGUCCAGAAAAGCAAAAGAAUCAGUAAGACAAAACUACAGCAUGAAAUAAAAAAAUAAUCAUGUGAAUAACCUCCUUAUCCAUUUAAUUUCAUGUUAGGCCUGAAAAGGGCCUUACAAGGGACUCUACACUAGGAAAUUUGGAAAGAAAUGCAGCUUUGGAAGAACUGAUACAACGUACAGAGACACAUACAGUUCUGAAGAUAUAAUCCAGAAUUAUAUUAAUUCAAAUACUAAUAGCUGUCACCAUGUAAACAGCUGGAGAUGAGGCUAACUAGAGAAAGCAAUUUUUACACUGCGAUGAGAAAUUAAGGAAAUGCUGUACUGACGCAUUAAAAUAUUUACUAUUUGUCGCCACAGUCUUACCUAAGGCAAUUCGCAGCAAUUUCUAAAAUCGGUUUGCUUUAUAACUUCAAAAUAAAGUUUAUGGCUUAACGGCAGUAAUUUAAUGGAGGCCAACUCUGGACAUGUCAAAGAUCAUACGGUGGAAUGAAAAAUCUCCCAAACCCAGUCCAUCACCAAGGGACAAAAGGUUCAGUUUCUUCAGAUCUGGCAGGGAGAAAAAAAUGACUUGGCACUGCAUCACACACUUAAACCCCAAUAGGGUUUCUUCUGACAGCAGCACCGUGUGCGUCAACGCAUACCUUGGUGUGGUUAAGGAAUGGACGAAUAGUGAAAUGGAUGGGAAAGCAAUUAUCUCUAAUUUCCUAAACACCUUCUAAAUCUGCACGAUAAAAUGCCUCUUGGUACCCAUGCCAGGUAAUGGCAAAAUCCAGACCUGCCCUUUCGCCCACUCCCCUGCUCGGGUGUUUGCACCGCAGCACUGGCCCUGGGAGUUCCCUUCUCAGAUCGUCAUUGUCCGGUGGGAAAUCCACUGAGCGAGAACGGUAAGGUAGGUGGACCAGAAACUCUGCUACCGAAACAAAAACUAUCAAAACCACGGAUAAUUUUACCUUCUUCCUUCGACUAUCUCACGUAAAACAAAACCAAGGAAACACCAGGAAACUUGCCCCAUCGGGGUGAAAUCCCACCAGCUCGGUUCAAAAGCGCUUCUGUGUCGGGCCCCGGGGCGCCGAGCACUCGGGGCGCCAUCUCGGCCCCUCGUUUCCCACCGCCGGCAGGGCCCCCGACUAACAGGAGGAGAUAUGGCCGGAAGCCAGUACCGACGGGAAACGAGUGAUUCCCGCUGAAGCCAGCUCGCACAAGAGGCGAGAAGUAAUGCGGGGCCCGGGCUAAGCUCGGCCGAGUGGGAAGGCCUCGGGACUGACGAAAGACAGGUCCUACCUCCACUGGAGACCCCAAGACAGCAUGCCUCCCAAGAAGCCUGAGCCCAAGAAGGAGGCUGCCAAGCCAGCCACAGCCCCUGCUCCAGCCCCUGCCCCGGCUCCUGAGCCCCUCAAGGACUCUGCCUUUGACCCUAAGAGUGUGAAGAUAGACUUCAGUGCCGACCAGAUCGAAGAGUUCAAAGAGGCCUUUUCAUUGUUUGACCGAACUCCGACUGGAGAGAUGAAGAUCACCUUUGGGCAGUGUGGGGACGUGCUGCGGGCCCUCGGCCAGAACCCCACCAAUGCAGAGGUGCUGCGUGUUUUGGGCAAACCCAAGCCUGAAGAGAUGAGUUCCAAGACACUGGACUUCGAGAUGUUCCUGCCCAUCCUGCAGCACAUCUCCCGCAACAAGGAGCAGGGCACCUAUGAGGACUUCGUGGAGGGGCUGCGGGUCUUCGACAAAGAGAGCAAUGGCACGGUCAUGGGGGCUGAGCUUCGGCACGUCCUCGCUACUCUGGGAGAGAAGAUGAGUGAGGCCGAGGUGGAGCAGCUGUUGUCUGGGCAGGAGGACACCAAUGGCUGCAUCAAUUAUGAAGCCUUUGUCAAGCACAUCAUGUCCGGGUAAAGCCAGGUUUCUCCAGGGUGCUUGGCCCUGAGUGAGCAAGGGAGAGACCCAUGGUGGCUGUCACAGAAUCUUGGACUCACACCACGUCACAGCUCUAUAACCUCUCAGACCUACAAUCCUCCCUGCAAAUAAAGAGCCCAGCACCGAGUCUCACCAAUCCUUGGGCUGUUUUUAAAACCUAAUAAUGGAGUUAAUUUGUGUGUGCAUGUGAUAAUGUCAUCCGAGGCCUCAUGUUCUUGAGAAAUGAGUUAGAUCUGGGAACAGGGAGACUAGGACAAAAGGCCAAGGAUCUAGGAAUAGUGGCAACAGACACAUGAGGGAGAGGCCCUCGAAGGGCCUGCAGCUUGAGGACUCAGGGGUCUCACCCCUACAAAGCUCUGUCUCCACUCUGUCACCCUUAGGCAGAAGGUGGGAAAAGGAACACCCGGGACUGCCAGGAUCCCUCACAGAGCCCUGGCUUCACACACUUGUGAUCCCAGUGGUAGAGAGGUUGAGGCAGGAAGAUCAGAUCAUGUUGAGCUACACAGUGAGUUUGAGGCCAGCCUGGGCUAAUUAUACAUACUAAGUAUGUGUUAAGUCAACACUUGCUUAGUAUGUAUAAUUACCUUAGAUCCCCAGUUUCUUAAAAAAUGUGAUUAAACACAGAAUACAGACUUCAGCAUGCUAACCAUUUUUCAGUCAAUUUCAGUAGUUGUCUUAGUUAUUAUUUCUGUUGCUGUGAAGAGACACCAUGACCAGAGCAACUCUUAUAAAGGAAAACAUUUAAUGGGGUGACUUACAGUUUCAGAGGUUUAAUCCAUUAUCAUCAUGGUGGGACAUGGUGGUGUGUAGGCAGACAUGGUGCUGGAGCGGAGAGUCCUACAUCUUGACUCAUAGGCAACAGGAAGUGGCCUAUUUUACUGGGCGUGACUUGAGCAUAUAUGAGACCUCAAAGUCCGCCUCCUCAGUGACACACUUCCUCCAACAAAGUCACACCUCCUAAUAGUGCCACUCCUUAUUGUUGGUUACACUGUGGUGCUGCUCCUCAUGGCUGGUCACCACCCGCGGCAGCCAUGCCGGCGGAGGAGCGUGCUGAUUGGAAGAAUCACAGCCAUGGUUACCUUUUUAGAGCUUUAUUGGGAGAGAGUGGGGAGAGAGAGAGAUAGAGAAGGAGAGGGGGGCAGAUGGGAGGAAGGAGAGGAAAGGAGAGGGGCACACAGAGGGCCGGCCCCAGAGGGCCUACCCACCCUAAAAAAAAAAGGGUGGGACGCCAUUGAAGGCUGAUGACGUAAUUAAGGAAUCCUUACACCCCAGACUUUCCCUUAUUACAUAUAAAAAAAAAAAAGCAGGUAGAUGGGACUAGGGGCGUCGUUCCUCUCAAAAACUGCUUCCAGCUGACUCUUGGAUGUUGGUUGGCUCUGGGGGAAUGGAGAAGGGGAGUUUUCCAAGGCAGACAGGCAUUGUGGAAUGCUGUCUGUCAUCUGUUUUCUCUGGAGAUAUGUAUCCCUCUUGGCUGUGGCUGGGAACUUUUUGUUUGACAAGAUGCUGGUGACACAGAAAAAAACUUAGAGAGAUAAAAGAAUCAUUAUUAUUUUAUGUUGACAUUUAUCUGAGGUAGAUCCGGCCUGUCCCUAUGGAUUUUGAAACAUGUUAAGCUUUAUCAGAGACAGAUUAUUUUAAAGCACCUGUUUCCUUUACUAGUUCAGCAUCUAGGAGACAGGUGAUCAAUUGUUAAAAGCAUCUCAUAGUAAUAGAUGUUUACAUUAAAGUCUUUUUGUAGUGCCCAGAUGCUUUUGGGUCUGGGGGUGUAAAUACCUUUUAGCUGUUACAGUUUCUUAUUUGAUGAUCUCUGGACUCCGGUUCUGUGGUGGUCCUGUACCAACAGGGAACCGGGAAGAGAAAAGCUUGUGGUGCAUGAGAAUUCAGGGCCCUGUCUGUAUGCACGUGAGAACCACAGGCAGUGGAUCUGGAGUGAAGCAAUAAGCUCUUAUUUUAGGUGGAAAUCUUUUUUCAUUAAGUAACUCUGAAAGUGCAAUUAAAUCUGGUGAGGUGGUAAGGCUGUCCUCUGUACCCGACAAUAAAGGAGAGGUGGCAUCCCAAAACUCCCAGGACUGAGUCAGUGGCUCUGGUGUCCAGAAGGAAAGAAUCGGAUCGCUUCCCCUGCUGCGUUCUGGGUUCCCUGUCAUGUCUGUAGCCAAGCCUAGGUCUGCUGGAGGUCUUAGCUUGAUGUACCCAUGCAUCUUGGUGCCUGGGGGCAGUUAGCUGACUCUUUGUCUUUCUAGGUGGCACUUUUU